AUGGCGAGGGAGGAGUGCAAGGCACUGCUGGACGCUCUCAACAAGGCGAUCGCAUGCUACCACCACCUAGUGCUGACCGUCGGCGGCUCGGCGGACUCGCAGAACCUGCGCGAGGAGCUGCAGAAGACGCGCCAGAAGGCGCAGGAGCUGGCGGUGGCCACCCGCGCCCAGCUGACGGCCGCGCUGCGCGACCGGGGCCUGGGCGCCGAGGAGCGCGCCGAGUUCGAGCGCCUCUGGGUGGCCUUCUCCGGCUGCCUGGACCUGCUGGAAGCCGACAUGCGGCGCGCACUGGCCCUGAGCACAGCGUUUCCGCUGCACGCGCCGCGGCGGCCGCUGGUGCGCACCGGUGUGGCGGGCGGCGCGGCGGGCGUAGCGGCGCGCGCCCUGAGCGCCCGCAGCUUGCGACACGAGGCGGAGGGCGACUUCGACGUGGACGACCUGCGCGAGCAGGAGUGCGAGAUCCUUCAGGUGAGCGAGAUGAUCCACGACAUGGAGAUGAAGGUCAACGUGCCCCGCUGGACCGUGCAGGCCCGGCAAACGGCGGGCGCCGAGCUCCUGUCCAGCGCCGGCGCCUGCUCGGUGGGCGCCGUGUCCGUCCAGGAGCGCACGGGGCCCUGCGACCCGAGCAAGGCCCUGGCCGCCACCGUUUUCAGCGCCGUGCUGCUGGCGGCUGUGGCCCUGGCGGUCUGCGUGGCGAAGCUGAGCUGA